UACUAGUCUUUUCUUCUUUUCCAUUAUGUCUACUACCAAUAAUAAUUUUGAAGUGAAACCUAUUUCUUCUCCUGACUCUAAUACUAUCGAAAAGUAUAAACAAGAAAAUCAAUAUGAUAAUUCAUUUUGCGAAGAACAAUUGGAGCAUGUACCAAAAGGAACUGCUUCUUUCGGCAGAAUAGUGUUCAUGUUGUUAAAAGCUUUCAUCGGUACCGGUGUCAUUUUUUUACCAGGCUCAUUUGUUAACGGUGGUUUAGCUUUAUCCAUUGUCCUGAUGAUUGUUAUUGCAAUUAUUUGUCUGGCUGCUUACCAGCUUUUAGUGAAAGCACAAAAUGAAGUGGGAGGCUCAUAUGGUGAUGUAGCUCAACAUCUUUACGGUGCCUGGUUAAGACACAUAAGUCACUUGUUCAUUUGUCUUACUCAGAUGGGUUUCGUAGCUUCUUAUUUCAUCUUUAUUUCUGGAAAUGUUAAUACCGUUGUGAAUACCCUGAAUAACUGUAAUACUCCAUUCGAAUCCAAGUAUUACAUCUGGAUUUUUUUAGCAUUUAUGAUUCCAUUUUGUUGGGUUCGUAAGAUUGCCCGUUUAUCUUGGCUUGCUAUCUUGGCCGAUGUCUUCAUUAGUUUUGGUCUCAUUUGUGUCAUUUAUUUCAGUUCAACUCAGAUUGCUCAACACGGCGUAGGCAAUAAUAUUCAUCUUGUCAAUCCUAAUAACUUUGGUCUUAUGAUUGGCACUGCCGUCUUUUCAUAUGAGGGUAUUGGUAUGGUUCUCCCUAUUCUGGAAGGAAUGAAAGAACCUGAAAAGUUCCCUCGCGCUUUGAAUAUUGCUAUGCUGAUCUGUACACUCGUUUUUCUUUUAAUUGGUUGUAUGGGAUACAUUGCUUACGGUGAUAUGACUCAAGCCACUGUCGUUGCCAAUUUCCCCAGAAUGCCUUUAUCCGUCACUGUCCAGUUACUCUAUGCUAUUGCUAUGACAUUAUCCUCUCCCUUCAUGCUCUAUCCUCCCUUGACCAUCAUUGAAAACUAUGUCUUUGGUAAUCGUUCCGGCAAAAACAAUCUCAAAAUUAAAAUGUCCAAGAAUCUCGUCCGUACUCUUGUUGUUACUGUUUGUGCCAUUGUCAGUUUCUGUGUAGGUGCCUCUAACUUGGACAAGUUCGUGUCACUUGUUGGUUCUGUUGCUUGCAUGCCUAUUUCUUUCAUCUUUCCCGGACUUUUCCAUUACAAGAUUGCCACCAAACGUAUUACCAAGAUCGGUGAUAUUGCGCUUAUUGUAUUUGGUUUUGGCAUCCUCAUUUAUACCAUGUAUGUGAAUAUCGAUUCUUGGGUUAACCCCGUCGCAACUGGUGGUAUUGCCCUUCCAUCCGCUAAUGCUUGUGGGUACGAGUAAACCUUUGUUCGUUGAUCGACAUUUAAAACUCUCCCGCCUUUUUGUAAAUAGAAAAAAAAAUGUAUAUCUUCUCUUUUAUUCUUUAUUUUAUUGGUCAUAACUAUCAUCUUUAUCAAUAAAACAAUACGUAAUUCAACUUCACAGU